AUGGAGGGUGGUAUUCGCCCAAGAAGGCAGUCGAUCCUUAUUGGACAGCGAUCCUUGGAUGUAUACGCAGAAAUUGACCAAGGACCAAAAUUUGUCCGAUGGAUAAUCGGAAUAUUCAGAAAAUGGGGAUUUUUUAUCGCUGAAUGGCCAUGGACUGCUAUUUUUCUAUGUCUAAUUGUUUCCGUCUUAUCGACGGUCAAAAUCAUUAUGACUCCUCAACGGAAUGAAAUUACGGGAUACACGCCUUAUGGUGCUCGAGCAAAGGAUGAGUUCCUGGAGUACCAGAACUUCUUCUCAUCAAAAGGUGAGUGCGUAAGCUAUGCUACUAGUCCUGCUCAUGUAAGAGUUGUUAUUGAUUUGCUUCAAUAA